UCUUGUGAAAGAGAGGCCUUUUAUAAGGGCGGAAGUCAUGUCAAAAGAGCAACUAGCAAAACUGAAAGAUGUUUAUAAACAUUAAUUCGUAACGGUUUGGAGUCAGAUAUUUUGUUAUCAAACAUGUCAAAGCGAAAGAAGAAAGCUUAUAAGUUUGUCGGUGCUGUACCUGAAAGUCUCUUUUGUAUUUGCUGUCAUAAAGUUCGCAUAGAAGUAUGCUGUCUCAAAUUCUGUGAACAUUCCAUCUGCCAAAUUUGUAUGUGGAAAAGGCUGAAAAAUAACUUGAACACGUGCCCAUGUACAGCGACAUUAGAAGAAGGAACCGAAGAAAAAUCGCUGCUUCUUCGGGACCAGAUUGAGGAUCUUUUGAUUUUUUGCCCGAAACUUUGCGGGGAGACCAUUAGACUAGGAGAGAAAGGUGGUCAUUACAAAGAUGCAUGUCAAAUGGGUAAAGUUCAGUGUGAAAACCCGGGAUGUCAUUACAUAACAAGAAGGAAAGACAUAGCUUCACAUACCAGACUUUGUGACUAUAGAACUGUUAACUGCGAAGGAUGCCAAAAGAGUGUGAAAUUCAUAGAUCUAAGAAAACAUCAGAUUUGCAUGGGAUGUGUGCACCAAAAGUUAAAACAGGUCGUAGUUAGACAACUGCGUGAUGCCGAUAGACAGCUGAAAAAUUAUAACGUAACUGUAAAACAAGACACAUUUAAGACGAUGAGGGAAGAAAGAAAUCUUGAAAAAGAGUACCUGUGGAAAAGAAUCGAGAGAAACCCCGGGAAAUAUUCCCCAACCCUUGUUCGCUACCAUACCAGUGGAAAUCCCAGUGGACGAACGACGGCUAGCACGGGUGAAUUUUCCUCCCCCCUGCUAGCGGAUUCCCCGGUGCCCUAUAGAGCUUCACCAAUUCUACUAAGGUCAAGAGAGAGAAAUCUCAGGUCUGCUGAGCCACAUGUAUGUAAAAGAUGCAAAAAGGGAUACACAUCACGAGUAAACCAUGAAGAGUCGUGUAUGUGGCACAAAGGGCCGGUAUGUUCCAAUUCUAUAUUUGUAACUUUUAUGUUUGUGAAAUAAUAUUUAAUAAACAGCCUUAUGCAAAGUAAUUUAUGUUACUUUUAGUUCCAAAUAGUGGCCAAAGGCUCCUUAGGACAGCCAAGCCAAGUUUUUGCACAAGAUUAGCUAUUUGGGGUCUGGAUCUCUGAAGUGAGAGCAAAGUAUAAUAUUUUUGUAGAUUUAUCAGUUCUAGAAAUUAUCUGUUAUCAAUGGAUCAGAAAAAUAAUUAUCUAACCAAAUAUUAGAUAAAUAUUAUCUAACCAGGACUGAUUAACCUUUAAUUUACUAAAUGUGUGAUUACCACCAGUUUGUAACCAAAAUAUAUGAUGUAAUGAUAUAUAAUGUCAAUAAUGAGGAAAUGAUGCUUUUUUAUUAACAACUUGACCCUUUUUUUUCAAGGGAGUCAAUAUCCCAGGUCAAUAAUUUAGGGAGGCCGAUGGGGAGGGUGAGGGUAAUCGCCCUCGUAAAAUGAAAAUGCCUGAUUUUUUAUUCAAUUGUUACCAGAAAUUGCAAAAAAGAUUUUGAAUAUCAGUGUUAGCUUGUAUUCUAUAAAUUUAGUUUCUAUAAGAUGAAAUACAAUUGCCUCUUAUUCCUGAAUGAUUUUUUUUCUCUCUUUUUAGAUAAUAAAAGUGGUGAGUACUAUUUAAUGCUUUAUGGAAACUUUGCUUAGGCAAUAAUUCGAAACAAAGUGAUGACCCCUAACUUUUUGUGAAUAUAGCAUGAAUAACAUAUGGUAUAAAUUGAAAAAACACCUUCUUUUAGCACUUGGGACAUGGGACAUGAGAGGCACCAUGUCCCCAAAGCAUUUGCAAAUGCCCUUUCUGGAAGACAAUGGGCUCCUUUUUGAUGGAAGCGUUUCUCUCACAAUGUUCUUUUUUCCAGAACUUUUUGUUGACUGGUGAUCAUGACAAAGCCUACCCUAAGUUAUAAAUGCUAUAGGUCAAACAAAGAUCUGGCCUCAAUGUUUAUGUACAUUGACACUUGGAGAAUAUGUACUUUCUUUCAUACUAUCAUUCCAUAUCUGAUUGAAAUAACCCCCAAGUGGUCGAUUUAAUGUAAUGAUAGUAGUUGAUUUUUGAAGAUGUUUAACUGACCAUGUGAAGGUUUUUUAUGCUAAGCCCCUUAACCUAAGUUUCAAGAUACUACUUUCGAACUAUUCUUGAAUUAUAAUUUCAGCUAAUUUUGUUUAGAAGACCACUAAACAUUUUUUCAUUUCUUUUUCAUCUUUGCCUGCACUUGGAAAAAAAUAGUUUGUAAGUAUCCAUUUCAUUCAGGCAUUGUUACUUUUUAAAAUAUAUAACAUUGGUAAACUCUGACAGUUUAUGUUAACCAUUGAUUUGUGUCAAAUUGUUAUGUUGGCACAGAAAUUACUGUGAACACUUUUCUUUGAACUUUGUCUUUUGUGUUUCAUCUUUGAUAUGAUAACUUUUUGCUAAAUAAUUUUUUCUUUUCUUUUUCCAUGCAAAUCAUUGACAGGGGGUGAGUUGCAACUUUGAUGUUUAUUUCUAUGCUCAAAUUGAUUAAUUGACAUGUUUUUUAUUUUUUCGGAAAUAUUCUUGUCUCCAAAGAAGUGUCAAAUUACCUUGGCACGAAUGUUAUUGCCUGAAACUUAAUUUCAGAGUUUUGAAGUUAGAAAUUUCACAAGUGUAAAUAUCACGAUGAUAAAACCUUGUACAUUAAAGUGUUAUUAGAAAAAUUAUUUACUAAAAUAAUCUCAAGGACCAACUUUCUGAAAAUGUAGGGGCUUAGAAAAGUGGUCUCCUCCACUGAGGGGAUGCCAACGCUCUUCAACAAUUAACUUAUUUUUCAUAAAUUUAUCAUCAUUCUGAGUAACUUUUGCUCAUUUUUCUUUUUCAUGAUCUUCAUUUUUGGUUAAUUGAUAUCAGGGGGUAAGUUUAAUUAUUUGUUUCUUUGUUUUCACAUUGCACUUGUAAGAUUUUACAGAGGUCUCCAUUGCAGUAUUUCUUCUUUGAAUGUGUUAAUCUAAUUUAAGCUCCUAUUAUGCAGUCCCUAUAAGCUUUCUUUUUUGUUUAGUUGGCAUCAUAGUUGGACCAUUAGGCAUGACUGUAUUAAACCUCACCCUCUAAGUUCAAUAAAAAAAAUAACAGCAAAAUUUUACAGGCAACUGCGCAUUUUUGGUCGCAUACUUUGAGAACUUUUAAUAAAUAGAAAAGUGGUAAUAUAGUUGCAAAGAAAAAACAGUGUGAAGAAACACUGCUGAUGGCAUGUGAUUGACUAUUGAGGGAGUGAUGUUGGACCAAUAUUUAAUGUUUAAAGGCUCUUGGUUUUGGAUAAAUUUUCGUUUUUCUAAAUUUCUUUGUAUUUCUUUCUAUGAAUGGUGUAUUACUUGCUGCUUCAUUAAAAAAUAAAGAUGUGUCUUGCAUGUGGUCGCUUGGAUAAUCUUGAAGGUUGUGAAAAAGGAUACCACAUAUCUUGAAGCAAAGAGGGUUUACCAUUUCAGAAGCAAAUUGAGCUAAACUUUUACCAGCCAGCAACAGCAAAGAAUGGACUGUGAAGGCUUGCUCAACAAGUAUAAUCAAUACAACUAGGUGUAUCUUAUUGUGAAAAGUUAGAAAUUUAUUACGAAUGUAAUUUAGGAUUCUAAAACUUCAGCUGCUAUAUUUUUGAAUUCAAAUGCAAUAAAUUUAUAUAACCUAAGAUGGUAGUUUAAAAAAGUUUAUUUUAUGGUAA